CAGUGCUGAUAAAAAAAAGCGCACCUUGGGACCUCUCUCCCCCUCUCUCCUCCUACAUCUCUCCCUUUCUUCGCUUCCUCUUGCUCUCUCACGGGAAUUUGCGCUUUUAUUUUCACCCCUUUUCAUGGCUGCAACGUUGAGUAUAGCCUACAGGAACAACUUAUUUGUAAAAACUAAUAAGAAAUAGAGCAGAUUUUGAAGCGGCGGGGUGUUUUAUUCGGGGAGGUUUGAAGAGAAUUCCCUUUUUAGUGAAAGAAAACCUGAGAGUGUUCUCUGUGCUCGUGUCCUGUCUGUCCCCGCAUUUGUAAUCCUGCGCCUUGCAGAACGAAUCCGCUGGACUGGUGCCUUCCUAUUGAGACGCAAGAAGCAUAGACACAAGCCUGCAUCAGAGCGCACCAACACCAGCUUCUGUCAUUAAACGAUCCAGAAAACUAUUCAUUUAAAAAAAACAAAGAAACAAAACAAAAUCAAAAACACUUAAUAUUUCCUAACCGUGGAGGAUUUUUUGCCGAGAAGUUGCAUGUGCAGGAGUGAUAGUACUCGACCGGGACAGAAGGAAUGGGAUACCCGGGCAGAGCAGUGAGAGGAUGGAGAGGAUGGAAAGGAUGGACGCUCCUGGUCUGGGUCGCCGCUGUCAGCUUGGUUUUAGCAGACGGACGGAGAGUGAGGCAGCCCAGAUGCCCCGUUGGAUGUACCUGCACCAAAGAUAACGCCCUGUGCGAGAAUGUCCGAUCUGUGCCUCACACUUUCCCAUCCGACGUCGUUUCACUAUCGUUUGUCAAGUCUGGAUUUAAUGAAAUCACAGGAAGAAGCUUUGUUUACACGCCUGCCCUGCAACUGCUAUUGUUCACAGCAAAUUCAUUUGACCUAAUUGAUGAGGAUGCAUUCCAGGGUUUACCACACCUUGAAUAUCUAUUUAUUGAAAAUAACAAAAUUGCAUCGAUAUCCCCAUUUGCUUUCCGGGGCCUGAAAGCACUGAUACAUCUGAGUCUGGCUUACAACAACCUUGAGACGCUGCCCAAAGAUGUCUUCAAGGGCAUGGAUGCUUUGACCAAAGUGGAUCUACGGGGCAACAACCUGAUAUGCGACUGCAAGCUCAAGUGGCUGGUGGAGUGGAUGCACAACACUAAUGCCACCCUGGACCAGAUCUACUGCAGCAGCCCGCCAAUUAACCAGGGGAAGAAGCUCAAUGACCUGCUGCCACAAUCUUUUGACUGCAUCACAGCAGAGUUUGCUUCCUAUCAGUCGCUGAAGUUUGAGUCAAUUUCGGUGGAGGCCUUCACCUUCGGUACAGAUCAGUAUGUUGUGUUUGCCCAACCCUUUGCUGGGACGUGCAGUUUCCUGGAAUGGGAUCAUGUCGAGAUGACCUUCAGAACCUAUGACACCAUUGAAAGCACCUCCACUGUGGUCUGCAAGCCCAUGGUGAUUGACAACCACCUCUUUGUUAUCGUGGCCCAGUUGUUUGGGGGUUCGCACAUUUACAAACGUGACACCUCGGCCAACAAGUUCAUCAAGAUCCAGGACAUUGACAUCCUGAAGAUUCGUAAACCUAACGACAUAGAGACGUUCAUGAUCGACGGAGAGUCUUUCUUUGUCAUCGCUGACAGCUCUAAGGCCGGCUCCACAACAGUCUACAAAUGGAACGGCAACGGCUUCUACUCCCACCAGUCACUCCACCCGUGGUUCCGUGACACAGAUGUAGAAUAUUUGGAGAUCUCCAACAAACCUCACCUGAUCUUAUCCAGCAGCUCCCAGAGGCCUGUUGUCUACCAGUGGAACAGGGGCCAGAAACAGUUUGACCGCAGGACUGACAUACCAGACAUGGAGGACGUGUUCUCUGUCAAACACUUUUGGGUCAAAGGUGAGCUGUUUAUAUGCUUGACAAGAUUCAUCGGGGACUCCAAGGUGAUGCGCUGGGACGGAGCCAUGUUCAAAGAGGUCCAGACAUUUCCUUCCCGUGGCUCUAUGGUGUUCCAGCCUGUCUCCAUCGGCAACUGGCAGUAUGCCAUCUUGGGCAGCGAUUAUUCACUGACGCGGGUCUACCAAUGGGACACCAAGAGGGGCCAGUUUGUCCCAUCUCAGGAGCUGAACAUCCAGGCGCCUCGUGCAUUUUCUAUGGUUUCCAUUGACGACCGAGUGUUCCUGCUCGCAUCCAGCUUCAAGGGAAAAACUCAGAUAUAUGAGCACCUCAUGAUCGAUCUGAGUAAUUAAACCCAUCAUCCGUUUGGGACACAUUAUGUACACUACCAUUCAAAUGCUUUCUUCUGUGGUUUUGUUGAACUUGGCAGUCUCAUUAGAAUCCACCAGCAAUUCCCACCCGAGUUUAAACAAAGGGAAGUUUCAAGCCAGAGCUCCAGCUAUGUAAAGAGAUAUUUCAAAUACGAUUCGGGGCCUUUCUGUUGGGUUAAGUGUAGACUGAGUGGUCUGACACCAUUUCCAUGACACAGAAAAUAUAUUCUACACAAUCCCUGAUGCCUAUGUUCAGCAACUACUUCAUUUUCAUAAACCCCUUGUAUUUUCACUUAAAUCCUUACCAUUUGGGAAUGCUUUAUUCUCCAUUUCAAAAACAUAAUUCCACUCAAAGUGUGAACUGACUAUCUUUCAGGAAAAACAAGCUAUGAAGUCACAAGUUUUUGUCUGUUAUUUAACUCUGCAGGUCUACUUGCAGUUACUACACAGCAAAUGUCUUGGCAAUUUAACUCCAUACAUUUUUUUUUGUAUCUAUUGUAGGAAUUUGAUAGGAAAGACUUAGGAGUUUAGGAGUGCUAAUGACCAUUCAAUAGUAGGUACAUAUUCUUGAGAGAAAGGGGCAAAACUACAGACACGAGUCAAAUUUUCUUUAAGUCGUCUUUAAUUUAACAAAGCCCUUCAGGAAAAUUGACUUCAGAGUAAAAUGGCAUUACACGAGAUUAUUCAACAUGGAAUGCAAUAUAUGGAUAUUGUACAGAAGCAGCAGGGUUGUUUAUGUAGGUUCAUCUCAUCUUCUAUUUACUAUACUAAAGUUAAAAACAUUUCACCAUUCAUGCAAAAAGCUCCUUCAAUUUGGCUGACUGGUAGGGAGUCCUAUGCAUUUAAAUCUCACAAAUGUGGGUAGAAAUUGGACUAUUUGCUGAGAGUUAUGUCCUUUCUUAUUGUGCAAUUUGGCAGCUAGACAACCCGUGUUCCAUCAGUCUUUUGUAAUUACUUUACACUUAAAGAAGUGACCCUAUCUGUGACAUCCAGAAUCCACUAAACACUGUGAGAAACUGAGAAAAAAAAAACCUUCUCUGUCACAUCUAGUCUGACCAUCAGUUGAGCAAGACUGUAUGCAUGAUACGGACACUCACAGUGUUGAUUCCUGAUGAAUGACUUGCUAGAAGCGUCCCACUGUGUCACCUAGCCCUCCCUUUUUUCACUGCACCCUUGCCCCUUUUCUCCCUCAUUGACAAAAACCAUUGUUGUCUUUACUCCGCAAACUAAAAAAGCCAACCACUGUGCAGCACCUCGUACCUGUGCUUUCACGCGGUCCUCUUAUUCUGACACAAAGGAAACAGAGUUCUGAUAACAAUUAACAACUUCACUGACAACAAUUUGCCAAAUAUAAUGUUUACGGUUUUAUAAUACUGUGUAAAGUAAUUUAUAUGAUAUUGCUUUUUGUAUGUAGAGGGGACCACACUCGGUGUUUUAUUUUUCAUAGAUAUAGAAUUUAGUGAAGAUAUGAGAAAAAAACAAAACAAGAAUCACCUCCUUACAGGCUGUGUAACGUUACUUCUGCAGAACAGUAUAGGCUUAAUUGUGUCAGUCUCAUCUAGUUAGGUAAGGAUGGAGGUUAUUAGCUACUCCUUUGUCAUGUUGCUCAUUGUAUUUUAUGUACAGUAGUAAUAAAACACUAAAACGCUAAAACAGACAUUUAGUUCUUUUAU